AAACCAUUAACUAAGCCACAGUCACAAGAUUCUCAACCCCCGCUUCUCCUCUCGUCCCUUUUGUGAUUUCCUUCCUCCUCCUCCCCCACUCUCUCUCCCCCCCUUGUGUGAGAGGAGACAUGGGGCAGGUCUUCGCCACUGUUCAAGAGAAACUACAAGGGAGGGCAUGGAAGGAGAGGCAGGUGAGGAAGAUAACGGACAAGGUGUUCGACCACUUCAAGGACGAGUCCAAGCAGGACCAAGCCCUCUCCUUCGAGGAUCUCUACAUCGCCGUCCUCUGCGUCUACAAUGACAUCAACAAGCACUUGCCCGGGCCCCACCAAGACCCCCCGUCCAAGGAGAAGCUGAGAGCCAUGAUGGAGGAGUAUGAUAUUAACCUCGAUGGGCUUCUCGACCGCGAGGAGUUUGCUGCUUUCAUCAAAAAAUUGACCGCCGACUCCUUAAAUGCAAUCAGCGUGAAAUUGAUAAUUGCAUUGGUGGUGGCGCCGGCGGUGGCGCUUAUGACGAAGAAGGCAACCGAGGGUGUUCCGGGUGUUGGCAAAGUGGUGCGGAAGCUGCCGAAUUCGGUCUAUGCCUCCAUCAUCACACUUGGGGUGGUACUGGUCCAGCAAAAAUCUGAAGAGGGUUUUGAGUAGACCACUCGAGAAUUGGACUCUACGUAACCUGGCUCCAGAAAAAGACCCCAUCCUCUUUAAGUGAACUCCAUGCGGGAGGAAUAAGGAUCUCCACAGUAGCCUAUCUGCUUUAUAUCCUCCCUAUCUGGUGAAUCUGCAAUUUUCAUGCCACCCGUCUUGUCCUCGAGUUUGUGUAGCAUCUAAAACCAACUGAUCCAGAUCAAGGAGUUAACCACUCAUUCAUACAUUCUCUGCUAUUGCGGUUAUCUGUUAGCUGUAAAGUUUCAUUAUUAUUAUUAUUAUUUAUUUAUCUGUUAUACUUUA